ACGUCAUUUUCAACGCAUAUUCCGGUUCUCACACUGGUCACAUUAACGCUUUCCGGUCAUUCGCCGCCGUGGUUACUCCAACCAAACAGCCUUCACUUCCCCGUUCUUGAGACAUUGAAGAUCUUCCUCACGAGCACAGUUGAAUUCUUCAAAGCAGUUGUAGCCCCGAAGCUCAUAUCUCUCGACUAUACCGUUAGCUUGCAAGAUCUCCUUUCUACCCUCUUCGGCAGCCUUGAGGGGAAGUUCAGUAGCGUUAAGCGGGUCUCUAUAUAUUCUAGCGGUUUGGAUACUUCCGGUGCUCUGGCUCUCUGCAGAGUGUUCCCAAAUGUAUGCCACGCGGAAUUUUAUUCGAAAUAUCUCCCACGCGCCUUUUUCGACCCCUGUGAAGGCACCUAUGCAUUUCGAUCUCCUGUAGAUUACUGGAAAAGCCUUGAAAGCGUGGCAUUCCGUGACAUGGACCCCAGGAUAUGGCUGGAACCACUCAUUCGAGAAAACAAUGCCUUCGUCCGAUGGCUCGUGGAACGACAGCACCAACGGCCACUACGCGUCCGUAUCGAAGGCGUCUAUGCCGAGGAGGAAGACGUCCCAUUAUUUUGCAUGCUGUACGAAAUACUGCGAGAAUAUUGUGUCGUGGAGCUAGAAGACCUUUCAAAAUCAGCAGGUUCCCGUCUGCAGCUCUCCGUGCGGACGUUCACCUCUGGUCUCGUGGACGACAUAGGUGCUGUAGUAGGGGAGUGGCCGUCUCACGAGUAAAGGCAUGCGUGCAAUGAGUUUGUAUU